CUGACUCGACACUAUCAGCCUCCGUGUGAGUGCCACGGAGGGAACUGUCUUGUCAAAAGUACACAGACACCAUGAACUCUUGAUCAGCACCAGGUCCAAUGGUCAGCUGCGCCUCUGCUAUGGUCUGAAUGUCCGCCUAGCCUCUCCAGCACACCGCAGCCAGACUGCAGGAGGACUUGAACGCAGCACAGUACUCAAGUACGCCUGAGUUAAGUUUAAAAAGUUAGGCCAGGGGUCAUGUCUGAGCCAAGAACUUUUGUGAGUCCGUUUCACAGACCCAGGUGUUUGGCUGCUGCGGCUCCGGCGGGAAAAGCCAAACUCACGCAUCCCGGAAAGGCGAUUCUGGCAGGUGGGAUUGCAGGAGGCAUAGAGAUCUGCAUCACCUUCCCAACAGAGUAUGUUAAAACUCAGCUGCAGCUGGACGAAAAAGCAAAUCCUCCCAAAUACAGAGGAAUCGUGGACUGUGUGAAGCAGACGGUGAACAGCCAUGGGGUGAGGGGGCUUUACAGAGGUCUGAGCUCGCUGCUCUAUGGCUCCAUACCUAAAGCAGCCGUCAGAUUUGGGAUGUUUGAGUUUCUGAGUAACAAAAUGCGGGAUGAAAGUGGGAAGCUGGACAGUAAGAGAGGAUUCUUCUGUGGCCUUGGAGCUGGAGUCGCAGAAGCUGUGGUUGUGGUGUGUCCGAUGGAGACCGUUAAGGUGAAGUUCAUACAUGAUCAAACUUCUGCAAACCCAAAGUACAGAGGUUUCUUUCACGGUGUGAGGGAGAUCAUCAGGGCUGAAGGGCUGAAGGGGACCUAUCAGGGACUGACAGCCACCGUGUUAAAACAAGGAUCCAAUCAGGCCAUCCGCUUCUACGUCAUGACCUCGAUGAGAAACUGGUACAAAGGCGAUGACCCCAACAAGGCCAUCAAUCCUCUGAUAACUGGGCUGUUUGGAGCCAUCGCUGGUGCUGCCAGCGUCUUUGGGAACACUCCGCUGGAUGUCAUUAAAACCAGGAUGCAGGGGCUUGAAGCUCACAAGUACAAGAGCACAGUUGACUGUGCUGUUCAGAUUAUGAAGUAUGAAGGACCGAUGGCGUUCUACAAAGGUACGGUUCCUCGUCUGGGCCGAGUGUGUAUGGAUGUUGCCAUAGUCUUCAUCAUCUACGAGGAAGUGGUGAAAGUCCUGAACAUGGUGUGGAAGACGGACUGAGAUGGACUCCUUGGUGCUACUCAACUUCAAAUCCACCUUUUCUAAUAGGCCACAACCCGUCUCCUUAAAUCCUGCUUCCUGGUUCUGAUAUCUACCUCCCAGUGUGUUCAAGCAGAAAAAAGGAACUAAUUGAUUUAAUUCUUGAUUUUUUUUUUUUUUACAGCAGCAGUGGAAGCAUGAGCUGCUAAAGGGGCCCACAAAGCUAAAACUGCUGCAACGGCCUCCCUUUGUUAUCUCCAACCCCAUAGAGGAAGAUUCCUUUACAGCUCAGGGAAACAACGGGGCAUUUAUUUAGUUCUGCUCAGCAUUUAAAGUGAGCGCUGUCAGCACAAACUAAUGCUGUACGCACGUAGAGAAUCCAUAGUGUGAUUUAAACACUAGUAACAAAUACUUGAACAUAAUUAACAAAUCCAACAUUUUAAUUUCCUUUUAUUGUUGAGAUAUUUUCUUAAAUAAAGCUGUUGAUUGUAUUAGGUACCUGACAGAACUUGACAUUCAGGGGUCACAUGAUGACCAAAAAAAGAACGAAAUGUCUUAAAUUGAGAUUGUCCAAAUGUUUAUUCAUAAAUAUUUAAUUAUUUCACAAUUUAUUUUGAAACGCACACAUCCUUUAAUUGCCGAGAUGGAGGGUUUAUCUUUAAUGAGCAAAGAUGUCUGGUGUUAAUUUACGUGACUGUAUAAGUGCCUGUCUGUCAGCCUCUACGUGGCUUCAUCACGGGCAGUGUGUGAGGUUAAAUCACAUGUUCACAUCUCCGUUCACCUUAAAUGUCAGUGUUUCUACAAGUUUUCUGCUUUCAGACUUCCUUUACAAAUCCUCUCUCGUUUUAAGAUGCCUUACGGGCGCCUACAAAGAAUGGGAGCUUCAUCUUUUAUCGCAGAUGUUUAAUGAGUGACUCAGUAAUGUUGAUCUCUAAUGUUGAUCUCUAAUGUGCCAACCGCUGCUCAUAAACCUAGUGGAGCUCCGUGUUGACUGGAGCUUGCAGCUUGUUUACAUGCAGUACAGAUCUGUUUUGUAGAACACACCAUGUUUACCGUGCGUUGCCUUCUUCUUCUGUGUCCAUGUUUAACUGAUUGUACGUACGCCGGGACCUCCACCACAGCUGGAGGUGUCUGAUUAACAGUAGUGAUUUCUCCAGUAGAUAAAACUAAUUGUGCCUUGGGUGUCAUUAAUUCUGCUUUGUACGCUCAAAUAAACAUGGAUUGGACUGUUC